AUGAAAGACAACCAAACCAAACAAGAAGAAAAAAGAGAAAAAGCAAACAAUGACAUUCACAUCUCACUAGAAAAUUAAAUCUCAGAAAAUUCAAUCAUAUUCACGUAAUAAUUUUCAUUCCUAUAAUCACUUUUUCCACCGUGAUUCUUCUUCUUCUUCUUCUUCUUCAAAUUUCAAUGUCUUUACUUACCUUUCUCCUCAUCACCUUCUUCACCCUCUCGCUUCUAACAACUUCUUUCUCCGACAGCAGCAGGAAAGAAUUAAGGAACAAAAAUGAAAAUGUGUUAAAGCAGUUAAGAAAUUCUGUGUAUUAUUCAAACAGAAUUGAUCCUUCACGUGUUGUCCAAAUCUCUUGGCAACCAAGGGUCUUUUUGUACAAAGGCUUUUUGUCGGAUAAGGAGUGUGACUACCUUAUUUCUUUGGCACAAGAAAAAUCAUCUGGAAAUGGUGGCUAUUCAAAGAAAGAGGAAACUUCAUUGGAUAUGGAUGAUGAUAUUGUCAAGAGGAUUGAAGAAAGACUUUCAGUUUGGACUUUUCUUUCUAAAGAGAACAGCAAGCCUUUACAGGUCAUGCAUUAUGGGCUUGAAAAAGAUAGGCGGAACUUAGAUUAUUUCACAAACAAAACCAAAUUGGAAUCAACCGGACCUUUGAUGGCAACAGUGAUUCUACAUCUCUCGAAUGCUACUCAAGGGGGUCAAAUCCUCUUUCCCGAAUCAGUGACCAAGAGUAGCAGCUGGUCAAAUUGUAGAAAUAACAGUGAGAUUCUCCAACCAGUUAAAGGGAAUGCAGUUCUGUUUUUCUCUAUUAACCUAAAUUCAUCUCCUGACAAGAGUAGCUUACAUGCUCGAUGCCCUGUCCUUAAAGGUGAUAUGUGGUCUGCAAUUAAAUUCUUCUAUAUAAGAUCAAUCAGUGGAGGGAAAGUCUCGACUAUGCCGGAAGAUGAAGAUUGUACUGAUGAAGAUGAUAGUUGUCCCGCUUGGGCAGCAACGGGAGAAUGUCAACGUAACCCUGUCUACAUGGUUGGAUCUCCUGAUUACUAUGGUACAUGUCGGAAAAGCUGCAAUGCAUGCUGAUGAGAAGUUGGUUUUGCAUAAUUUUUUUUACGUGGUUGCUUUUUUAAUUUGAUUGGAGAAUAGGAACAUAUAGUAGAGUGAAUUAACUGAUAUUCUCAGGAUGUUCUUGAGCAACUAUGAUGUUCCUCAAUUAACUAGGCAGUAUAUUAUUUGCCUUUGCUUUUGAGAAAUGUACAUGUUGAGUUGUGCAUUUUAUUUAAAAUUUGCUUCACGAGAUUCUGAGCUGCAUAUGAAAAGGUACUCAAUAUUGUAUUACAAUUGACAUGUACAUUUUUUUAA